CAAAGCGAAAAUGAGGAGCAGGAAGGCCUCCUGUGCCCUGGAGACGGUCUGGGAAGACAAGCAGAAGUAUGGGGAAGCCGAGCGGCGCUUCUACGAGCACGAGGCCAUGAGAGCCGCCGCCCAGCAGCCCCUGGCCGGGGCACUGGCAGUGAACGGGCCGGGCCGGGAGGAUGAGGCCGAGGAGGCGGACGCCCCCAACGGCAACGGCAACGGCAACGGCAACGGCAGCGGCAGCGGCAGCAGCGAGCCCGGGAAGAGCCACAACGGGAAGAAGCCGUUGCAGAAGCCGAGGAAGCGCUCCCCGCAGGGCUGGCUCAGCCAGGCGGACCUGGCCCUCGUGGGCCUCUCAGCUGACCACGUCUGGCUGGACAAGCCGCUUUUCGACCAGGCGGAGAGCUCAUACCGCCAGAGGCUGGCAGAUGCGGCCGCCCAGGCAGCCCAGCCCCCCGCCCUGGCCCCUGGGGCCCUCUGCGCCCACGGAAGCCAGGUGGCCUGUCACCACGUGACCUGGGGCGUCUGGGUCAACAAGUCUUCCUUUGACCAGGCUGAGCGGGCGUUCGUGGAGUGGUCUCAGGCCUUGCUGCUGGCCGCGGAGGGGAGUGGCGGGCAGGGGGCUCCUGACACGGGCCAGUGGGCGGCCGCCCCCGACCUGCGCCUCAUCCGCCAGCCCAGCCCGCCAGCCAACGGCCAGCCCCCGCUGGGCAGCCUGCAGGCGCUGGUGCGGGAGGUGUGGCUGGAGAAGCCCCGCUACGACGCGGCCGAGAGGGGCUUCUACGAGGCCCUGUUUGACGGCCACCCCCCCGGGAAGGUGCGCCUGCAGGAGCGAGCCGGUCAGGCUGAGGGCGCCCGGCGCGGCCGCAGAGACCGGCGGGGCCGCAGCGCCAUGGGAAGCCGGCGGCUCGGGCCGCGGCGGGUGGACGGGGAGGCCCCCUCUGCCCUGCCCUACCGGUACUUCCUGCACAAGGACGCCGAGGCCCCCUGGCUCAGCAAGCCGGCCUACGACAGUGCAGAGUGCCGCCACCACGCCGCUGAGGCCCUGCGCAUGGCCUGGCGCCUCGAAGCUCCGUCCCUGGUUCACCGACCCAGCACCCGGUCUGGCCCUUCCAUGUCCAGCCUGAGACCCAAGAAAAUGGCCACAAACUUUCUAGUGCACGAGAAGAUCUGGUUUGACAAGUUCAAAUAUGAUGAAGCAGAAAGGAAAUUCUACGAGCAGAUGAACGGGCCCGUGGCCGGCUCCUCACGCCAGGAGAACGGCGCCAGCGUGAUCCUCCGUGACAUCGCGAGAGCCAGAGAAAACAUCCAGAAGUCCCUGGCCGGAAGCUCCGGCCCUGGGGCCUCCAGCGGGCCCGGUGGAGACCCCAGUGAGCUGGUCAUCCGGAUUGCCAGCCUGGAAGUGGAGAACCAGAGCCUGCGAGGGGUGGUGCAGGAGCUGCAGCAGGCUGUCUCCAAGCUGGAGGCCCGGCUGAGUGCGCUAGAGAAGAGCUCGCCCGCCCACCGGGCCACAGCUCCGCAGACCCAGCACGUGUCUCCCAUGCGCCAAGUGGAGCCCCCCGCCAGGAAGGUGGCCACCGCCACGGAGGACGACGAGGACGACGACAUUGACCUGUUCGGCAGCGACGAGGAGGGGGACAAGGAGGCUGCCCGGCUGCGGGAGGAGAGGCUGCGGCAGUACGCCGAGAGGAAGGCCAAGAAGCCUGCCCUGGUGGCCAAGUCCUCCAUCCUCCUGGACGUCAAGCCUUGGGAUGACGAGACGGACAUGGCCCAGCUGGAGGCCUGCGUGCGCUCCGUCCAGCUGGACGGGCUGACCUGGGGGUGCUCCAAGCUGGUGCCCGUGGGCUACGGCAUCCACAAGCUACAGAUCCAGUGUGUGGUAGAGGACGACAAGGUGGGCACGGACCUGCUGGAAGAGGAGAUCACCAAGUUCGAGGAGCACGUGCAGAGCGUUGACAUUGCUGCUUUCAACAAGAUCUGAGCCCUGGCACUGGCCUGAGCGUGUGAAGCCUUGCAGCCAAUAAAGACUGAGAUUCCA